CGAUAUUACUUUAUAUGUCUGGGUUUAGCCGUAACAGAAAAACAGACAACUGAGUUUAUGGAAGUUCAGUCUCUUCAGUGCGCUCAUUUAGUGAAGAUCAUCGCAAAACGUAGUUAGCUCAGUGAUUUGUUCAAGCAGAGAAAAAUUAACGAUGGCAAAACCAGUUUUGUACUAUGCUACACUUAGCCCGCCAUCGCGUGCUGUUUUAUUGACAGCAAAUUUACUGGGCCUUGAUUUGGAGUUACGCCCAGUAAACCUACUAAAAGGCGAACAUCUAACGGACGAUUUCAUUAAAAUGAACCCACAACAUACCAUUCCCACUCUGAUUGACGAAGAAAACGUGGUAUAUGAUUCGCAUGCCAUUUGUGGUUACUUGGUGGAUAAGUAUGGAGAAGAUGACAAAUUGUAUCCAAAGGAUCUGGUAAAACGUGCACAAGUGAAUGCACGCCUUCACUUCGAUUCUGGACAUUUAUUUGCACGUUUGCGUUUUCUCUACGAACCGAUUUUAUAUUACGGUUCAACCGAUUGCUCUAUGGAUAAAAUCGCCUAUAUUCAAAAAACAUACGAAAUCAUGGAGGAAAUGUUAAAAGAACACCCCUAUGUAUGUGGCGAGGAUUUGACAAUUGCCGACCUUUGUUGUGUUGCAACAAUAACUUCCGUUGACGAUGUCGCCCCAAUUGAUGAGUUCAAAUUUCCAAAAUUGUUGGCUUGGUUGAAACGUUUGUCAGAACUACCAAAUUACCAGAAAACCAAUCAAGACGGUGCUGAUGAAUUGAAGAAAAUAUUUAAAGAAAUUUUAGCUAACAAUCGUACAAAACAAAAGUAGUUAAUAUUUUUGCUAUUAUAUCACUUUAAUUAUUAUUCAUUAGAUGUUUCAAAACUCAAAAGCGUUUCUUAACCUAACAAAAGAUUAGAUUUAAAAUAACGAAUUACUAUUUGUACAAUAAAUUGUAAAAUGUUAAUGCUGA